GUUGUCAGUCCGUUCUCGCGAGUCUUGAAAGUCGUCGCGUUGGCCGAUGCGAUUUAUCUCAAUCAGCGAUUGCCGUAAAUUAGCUACGACCAAUUUUUAUUCUAUUUUUUUUCGAACUUCACACUUUCGCAUCUUCGCCCAAGCUUUUUUUUUCGCUUGCCAAAAAACUGGCUGGAUCAGUUUUCACGACGGAAAUAUCUUUGCAAUGGAGCUUCCUAAAAAACUUGGUAUUGGUGGAGGUGCUCUGUUCUUCCUCGGUAUAACUUUCGGCUGGAUAGCUUUUCCGCCACUGCUCAAAUCACAAGUUGGCGCAGCUGUGAAGUUGAAAAAGGGUGCGGAAAUGCGUGACGUCUGGUCAAAGUUACCGAUACCAUUGGAUUUCAAGGUUUAUCUCUUCAACGUGACAAAUCCAGACGAGAUAAAACAGGGUGCAAAACCCAUCGUCCAUGAAAUCGGGCCAUACUUCUACGAUGAAUGGAAAGAGAAAGUAGAUUUGGUCGAUCGCGAAGAGGACGACACUGUGGAAUACAGUCAGAGAAUAACGUGGAUUUUUAAUCCAGCAAAAAGCAACGGUCUAACGGGCAACGAGGAGCUGGUUUUUCCUCAUCUACUUAUGCUCGGAAUAAUAAUGACCACUAUGAGAGAUAAACCGGCUAUGAUUGGCUUGUCCGCAAAAGCGGUUGAUAGUAUUUUCAAAAAACCUGACAACGUAUUCGUCAAAGCAACGGCCCAUGACAUCAUUUUUGGCGGCCUACCGAUCGAUUGCGCCGUCAAAGAUUUUGCGGGAACUGCGAUUUGCUCUCUUCUCAAAGAAAACUCCGAUGAUCUCAAAGUCGACGGUGAAGAUCUGUAUCGAUUCUCACUCUUUGGCCAUAAGAAUGGCUCUUUGUACGAGGACAGGAUACGAGUGAAACGGGGUUUGAAAGAUGUCAAAGAUGUCGGCAAGGUCGUUGAAUUCAAAGGGGAACCUCGACUAUCGAUGUGGGCAGAAGAGGGUACUUGCAACGAAUUCAACGGAACUGAUUCUACCAUAUUUCAUCCUUAUCUCUUCGAGAACGAAGACGUCGUAUCUUUCUCUCCUGAUAUUUGUCGAAGCAUGGGUGCUCGUUGGGAUGGAACUUACACCGAAGUCGGAGGAAUAAAAGCCAAUCAUUACACCCUUAGUUUCGGUGACAUGAGUACUGAUCCUGAGCUCAAAUGUUUUUGUCCAACCGAGGAUACGUGUUUGAAGAAAGGUCUCUACGAUUUGUUUCCAUGUGUAAACGCUCCCAUUGUCGCUUCCUUACCACAUCUCUACGAUGUCGACGAAAUGUACCUGCAGCAAGUCGACGGGCUUCGUCCUACAAAGGAAGAGCAUCAAAUCUCUAUUGACUUCGAACCAAUCACCGGAACUCCGAUGAGUGCGGCGAAACGGCUCCAAUUCAAUAUGUUCAUUUUCCCAAUCGAUAAAGUAAAAACGAUGAAAAACUUUCCAACCGCUUUGUUGCCAUUGUUUUGGGUCGAGGAAGGCAUCACUUUGGGCGAUGAGUUCCUCGAUCAGCUACGCAUGGUUUUCAAAAUGAUGAAAAUAGUCGGAAUAAUUAAAUGGAUGAUGCUGGUCUCGGGAUUGGGUCUCGGCGGAGCAGCAGCUGGACUCGAGUACAAGAAGCGUCAAAGCGAAAAGAAAUUGGAUAUAACGAAGGUGACCCCCCAACAGGCGAGCCGAACGGAGAGCGGCAACGAAAAGAAGUGGCCGCUGAACGUUAGCACUCUUCAAGCUGCCCAAGUUCCACCGUCUCUCGAUCGCAACUAGUUCCUAUUAAUAUAAAUGAUGCUAUUUAUUGGAAGUAUCCAAGAAUAGACGGCUCAAAAUGUGCCCCUCUCGUUCUAAAAUCACGUGUUUUUUCUUCGAUUAGAAUCGGUACGCAUCAACCCUCGAAGUGCACUGAAAUUCUGCGGGAAAUGCUUCGAGACAAAAAACGUUGAGGUCGCUCUUGCCACUGUCCUGGGUGGGCCGGAGCUUUUCGUUGAUCGAUCAAGCUCUAGAAAAGUUUUAGCUAAAAUUAGAUUAAGUCCUUUUACAUGACGAUCCUCCCCCUCGGAACGGCGUUCGAUCAGCCAGCCCGAGAAUUUCCCACACUCGUGAUGAAAGUUCUUAAAGAUUGAAGCUUAAAACCGGUCGAAUUUUCAUGUUUCCCAAUUCAAAGGCCGGACUCUUCUGAUCGUAUUCGUACGCAUGUAAAACUAUCGCACGGUCCACCGUGCUGGAAACGAAAAAAAUCGUCUGAAUCGAUAAACCAUUUUUGCUGAGAGGAGAAUCUGGAUCGGGUCCCUGGGACCCAACAACGUGUUCGCAGGGUUGACGGAGGAGCUCGACUGUGAUUACUCGUUAAGGAAAACAAUCGGAGGGGCAUAUCGAUAUUUUUUUUAGAUAUUAAUCUAGUUAAUUACAAUUAAUUUGAUAAAGUUAUUGUUAUAAUAUUAUGAGUAUCGAACAGUGGUAGGCGUUGUAUUGAUCCCAUCGACUUGGGGAUCCCGCUUCAUGCUAUUUUUGGGCCAAUAUAAAAAGCUUGGUUUCAACGAAUUUUUGUCUUUUCGUUUUUCUCAAUAUUCAGUUCUUUCUACUCGUUAAUUAAACGUUACAUGCUUUUAUAAACAUUACGUGUAUGAUUAUUGUACGAGGUUCAUCGAAAUUUAUAACAGCCUUCGUUUUAAUGAUAACAUCACUCUUGUAAAGUAUCGAUUAAUAAAUUUUUUAAAACACGUCA